ACAAACACCGCCCACAGUUAACGGAGGAGAUUCUCAUCAUCCUCACAAAAACAGAACUCGUAGCCCCAAUUUACCCACUUUGACUCGGAUACUGAGUCAACCAACAGAAAUGGCGUUACCCGCUCCUCAGUUACAAAGAUUCCUUGCAAUCCAGUUCAAUUUCACCUCCAAUACCAAAACCGCUUACAGAAACCAACUAACCACCUCAACGGGGAUAAGAUCCAGAAUCCCAUGUCGUUGCUCCGCGAUUGCAAUCAACGCUCCUUCUUCGCUAUCCGAUGUCUCUGGGAUCCGUUGGGGGUCUGCCAGCGUGCAGGGAAGGCGCGAGGAGAUGGAGGAUGAUUUAGUUGUACGAUCGGACGGCCUUGAUGGAUUCUCGUUCGCUGCUGUCUUUGAUGGCCAUGGCGGCGUAUAUUCCGUCAAGUAUCUCAGAGAUGAGCUGUAUAAAGAGUGUGUUACAGCUUUGCAAGGUGGAGUUUUGUUGAACGGAGAUUUCAACUCUAUUAAGAAGGCGUUAGCGGAGGCUUUUGAAAUUGCUGAUAAAAAGUUGCUAAACUGGCUUGAAAAGAUUGUAGAUGGCAACGAUGAAUCCGGUUCAACCGCCACUGUCAUGUUAAUUGGAAAUGAAGUGCUCUUCAUUUCUCAUGUUGGUGAUUCUUGUGUGGUUCUGUCCCGUGCUGGAAAAGCACAAGUCUUGACUGAUUCUCACCGACCCUAUGGGAGCAACCAGGCCUCUUUGCAAGAAAUUAAAAGAAUCAGAGAAGCAGGUGGAUGGAUUAGCAAUGGUAGGAUUUGUGGUGACAUUGCUGUAUCCCGUGCUUUUGGUGACACUCGAUUUAAGACAAAGAAGAAUGAAAUGCUGAAGAAGGGAGUUGAAGAAAGGAGAUGGUCUGAAAAAUUUAUUUCCCGAGUAGUCUUCAAUGAUGACUUGGUCAUUGCAUCUCCAGAUACUUUUAAAGUAGCUUUCGGGUCAGAUGCAGAAUUUGUCCUGUUGGCAUCUGAUGGUUUAUGGGAUUACAUAAACAGUUCAGAUGCAGUCACUUUUGUUCGGAAUCAACUACGUAAACAUGGAGAUGUUCAGGUAGCAUGUGAUGCACUUGCACAAACUGCUCUGGAUAAAGGCUCACAAGACAAUGUCAGUAUUAUCAUUGCUGAUUUAGGGCAUACCGAGUGGCAGAAUUUGCCAGUUGAACAACAAAAUUUUCUGUUUGAAUUUGGCCAAGCUUUAGCUACAGUUGGUGUUGUGUCACUCGGAAUAUGGUUGUCGUCUCAGGUUUCUUUUUGAAUUUAUCAAGUUGUGUACAUACAAAUGAAGGCAGAAUUUGAAAAAGUCUGUAUAACGGAACUGUCUAUGUUAGCUGGUAGCACUUGUGGAGAAAUUGAUGUAGGCUAAUGAUCCAGAAUGUUACUGUCUAGUUACAUUUGUUUCUUUGCGU